AUGGCCUCGAUCGACGUCGCGCGGCAGAGGAGGUCGCUUCUGGCGGAUGCGACUGCUUUGCAUCAUCUGCCGCCGGAAUUACUUGAACUUAUCCGACAUCACACGUCGUCAACCUUGCUCGAUGCCGUCGCGCAGGCGGCCCUGAGCCCGUCACUUACAGAACAAGUCUUUGUGCAUUUCGAAGAUGUGUUCCCGGACAUUUGCGCCCGCUGGAUCCUCCACGCUGGGCCUGGCACGCAACACACGGCCAUUGCCGCGGCUUUUGCGAGGCUGCUACCGUUUGCGCCAUAUCUUUCGGCCUUCCUCACUUGUUCUGCGCAGUCUUCAGUGAACAACGAGCCGCCAUCCCUGCGAUUGCUGCUGCCCCAGCUUGACGAGACAGUAUCGUCCAAUGACCUACUGCAGACCCUCGUCACGGCCUGGAGGCUGCUGAGCUUUGAUGCUCGUACAUUUAGACAUCUGGCGUCACCUUCUUACCUGCAGAGCCUGUUUACUAGGCACGAAAGCAGGGCCGUCCGGCUCAUUGCGAUCCGGGUCUUCUGCCAACUGCUUCAUGCGUCUGACCUCAAACUCGAGGCUCUCGUCAAGGAACACUGUGGACAAGAAGACGCCAUCAUCGCCGAAUUGGACGGAACCCCGGUUGACUUUGGCUUUCUCUCGUUGCACGAGCACGCCCGGGCCCAGAGAGUCGUCGCACUGCGGCAACAGUUGGAGCAGGGCCAUGAUGAUUCUAAAGAGGAGGCUCUGCUUCAAUCACUGACCCCAUAUGUUGUGCCUUACGGGAAAUUCGUCCUACCGCGACCGCAUGGAUCAAUUGGUGACCCCUCGGCCUUAGUGAUGACUGCCACGACAAUGACGAAUCUUGAGAAUCUUGCAUCCAUGCUCCGAGAAGCCGACCCGAUUCUUCUUCAUGGCCCCCCAGGGGUCGGCAAGACUGCAUUGGUCCACGAGUUCGCCAAACAGCUCGGCAUGUAUUCAAGCAUGGUCACGCUCCACCUAAACGAACAGACCGACGCCAAGAUGCUCAUCGGUCUGUACUCGACCGACUCGAAACCCGGCAGCUUCCAGUGGCGCCCUGGUGUUCUGACCACGGCCGUGAGAGAAGGAAGAUGGGUGCUCAUAGAGGACCUCGACCGGGCGCCAACCGAGGUUUUGAGUACUCUGCUGCCCCUCAUCGAGCGUCAAGAGCUUCUCAUACCUACCCGCGGAGAGAGAAUACGCGCUGCAAAGAGUUUCCGUCUCUUUGCCACGGUACGGACGUCUCCCGGCAUCAAUGGCCGAGAAAACUUGCCGAGCCUGGUCGGCAUGCGAUUCUGGCAAUCUCUUUACACCCAGCCCCCUGCGUCAUCAGAGCUGGAACAUAUUGUCCUGCAAACCUAUCCGAUUCUGCAUAAGUUCGCGCCAGGUAUCCUCGCAGUCCACGAGCGUCUUUCGCACCUGACGAGAAACCCGGCUCUCAUGUCUCGUGGGCGAAGCGUCAUGGAUCGCCAGAUGAACCUGAGGGACCUGCUCAAGUGGUGUCGCCGGCUUAGAGAAUGCCUCCUGGGGGCGGGAUCGACAUCGGGCGAUGAGCCAAUCAGUGAAACCACGCGAGACUGGAUGUUCAUGGAAGCAUUGGAUUGUUUCGUGGGAAGCUGUCCUGAUGUUGAACUCGGCAGCCGAUUUGUAUAUGCCAUUGCUGAGGAAAUGCACAUGUCCAAAGAUAGGGCAGAACAUUACCUGUCUGCCAAUAUACCCAUUUUGGAAGAAAACGAUCUCAUGCUCAACAUCGGAAGAGCCCAGCUGCGAAAGAAGAGGGCGUCGUCUCGGCUACAAAAGUCGAAGCGGCCCUUUGCCAGCACCGCCCACGCCAAGAAGCUGCUGGAGCAAAUCGCCGUGGCAGUCAAGCUGCAGGAACCAGUGUUACUCGUCGGCGAGACGGGAAUCGGUAAAACGACCGUGGUCCAGCAGCUUGCAGAGUCUCUUGGGCAUAAGCUUAUAGCCGUCAACCUGUCGCAACAGAGCGAGGUUGGAGACUUGCUUGGCGGCUUCAAGCCUGUAAACGUGCGGAGCCUAGCCGUUCCCCUGAAAGAGGAGUUCGAAGACCUCUUUGCGGCAACGGGAAUCUCUGCCUCCAAGAACCAAAAGUACCUGGAGCAGAUUGGCAGGUCUUUUGCCAAAGGGCAGUGGUCGAAACUGUCCAAGCUCUGGAAAGAAGCCCCGAAAAUGUUUGUCAAGAUCGUGAGCGAGCUGGAACGCAUGCAGUCUGAGUCUCGGGAUGACGGUGCGCAGCCAACAAAGCGCCGAAGGACGCAGUCCAAGCUGCAGACUCUAAAAGAGUUGCGGCCACGGUGGGACUCAUUUGCGCGCAACCUGGAUCAGUUCGACGUGCAGAUUUCAGGCGGAUCUGGAAGUUUUGCGUUUUCCUUUGUGGAAGGCAACCUCGUCAAAGCUGUCCGAAACGGCGACUGGGUGCUUCUGGACGAAAUCAAUCUUGCCUCCCCAGACACCCUGGAGAGCAUUGCGGAUCUCCUGGUUGGACCGGAUGAGCUGCCCUCAAUCUUGCUUGCGGAGACAGGAGAGCUCGAGAAAGUCGUUGCCCAUCCAAACUUCCGCAUUUUUGGCGCCAUGAAUCCCGCCACUGAUAUCGGCAAAAGGGACUUGCCCAUCGGCAUCAGGUCGAGGUUCACGGAGCUUUAUGUCAGAAGCCCUGACGCAGACCACAAAGACCUCCUCACCAUCGUCAAAGCGUACCUGGGAAGCAGCAGCAUCAAGAAUGACCAGGCAGCAGACGACAUCGCACGACUGUAUCUCAACACCAAGCGCUUGGCGGAGGAGAAGCGGCUCGUUGAUGGGGCCAACGAGGUCCCCCACUUCAGCUUGCGGACACUGACUCGGGUCCUGAGUUAUGUCAACACGAUUGCUCCCCUGUACGGCCUGCGGCGCGCUUUGUAUGAGGGAUUCUCAAUGGGCUUCCUCACUCUGUUGGACCGGGAUUCGGAGAUUAUGCUGCUUCCACUCAUCUACCACCACCUCCUCGAUAAGCACGGGAAUUCUCAGUCGCUCCUGUCGCAAGCACCGAAACAUCCUAACGACGGAAGACGCUAUGUCAGGUUCCAGAACCAGAACCGGAAUCGCCAGUACUGGCUUUUUCAAGGCGAAGAGACUCCCGUUGAAAGGGAAGACUACAUCAUCACUCCAUACGUGGAGAGAAAUCUCCUCAACCUGGUCCGGGCAACCUCAACCAGACGAUUCCCAAUCCUCAUCCAGGGACCCACGUCGGCGGGUAAAACAAGCAUGAUCGAGUAUCUAGCCAACUUUACAGGUAACAAGUUUGUGCGCAUCAACAACCACGAGCACACCGACCUCCAAGAGUACCUGGGCACAUAUGUCUCCGGAUCGGACGGGAAAUUGCGCUUUCAAGAAGGUCUCCUCGUUCAAGCCAUGCGACAAGGCCACUGGAUCGUACUGGACGAGCUCAACCUGGCGCCGACCGACGUCUUGGAGGCCUUGAAUCGCCUCUUGGAUGACAACCGCGAGUUGCUGAUCCCGGAGACCCAGGAAGUAGUUAGACCCCAUGAGAACUUCAUUCUCUUUGCCACUCAAAACCCUCCUGGCCUCUAUGGCGGCCGAAAGAUUCUUUCCAGGGCGUUCCGGAACAGAUUCCUGGAGCUGCACUUUGACGAUAUCCCCGAAGAUGAGCUGGAGUACAUUCUGCAGCGACGCAGCCGCAACACGUCUCCACCAGAUUGCCGACGAAUCGUGACCGUGUACAAAGAACUCUCUCGGCUGCGUCAGACCAGCAGACUCUUUGAGCAAAAGGAUAGUUUUGCGACGUUGCGAGACUUGUUUCGCUGGGCUCUCAGAGAGGCCGAUUCCCGGGAGGAGAUUGCUGCCCACGGCUUCAUGCUUCUGGCGGAAAGGGUUCGAAACGAAGAGGAGCGGUUGGCCGUCAAGGAAAUCAUUGAAAAGGUUUUCAAGAUUGCAAUUAACCCAAACGAGCUCUACUCGGCAGAUGUUGCGCCCGAACUCAAGGGCCUGACCCGACAGUCGAACGGCCAGGACGUGGUCUGGACGCGUGCCAUGCGACGACUAUAUGUCCUCGUUUCUCGGGCCCUACGGAAUAACGAGCCUGUCCUUCUUGUCGGCGAGACGGGCUGUGGCAAGACAACAGUUUGUCAGCUGCUUGCUGAAGCCCUCAACAAGCGACUAGACAUUGUCAACGCCCACCAGAAUACAGAGACCGGGGACCUCAUAGGUUCUCAAAGGCCCGUCCGAAACCGUGGUGCAAUCCUGGAGGCCUUGAACACCGACCUCGCGUCAAUCUUGGAGACACUCGGGCUGGCCAUUCCAGGCUCAAUCGAGGAGAAGCUGGAGAUAUACAAAUCCGUCGACGAAAUGACAGUCGCAAAACUCUCACCGGAACUCGUUCAACGUGUCACAGCGAACGAGACGAGAGUUAAGGCAUUGUUUGAGUGGUCUGAUGGAGCCCUUGUAGAGGCGAUGCGGGACGGACACUUUUUCCUCCUCGACGAGAUCUCACUUGCCGAUGACUCUGUCUUGGAAAGACUUAACUCUGUUCUAGAACCCCAGAGAACGCUGCUCCUGGCUGAAAAGGGCAUCGAUAACAGCUUCAUCUUGGCUUCAGCCGGCUUCCAGUUCUUCGCUACCAUGAACCCCGGCGGAGAUUUCGGCAAAAAGGAGCUGUCUCCGGCCCUGCGCAAUCGCUUCACGGAAAUCUGGGUGCCGCCGUUAUCCGAAAGCCAUGACAUCUAUAACAUUGUGCGCACGAAAUUGGUUGAGGGAUGCAAGCAUCUUGUCGAUGCCAUGGUUCAGUUUGCUGUGUGGUUUGGGGAGACUUUCCGACCGAUGGCUACCACGCGAUUCUCAGUGCGAGAGGUUCUUGCUUGGGUCGACUUCAUCAACUCGUUCAAGGACGCCGAUGCGAUUGUCUCCUUGGUCCACGGUGCCUCGGCCAUUUUCGUCGACAGCAUCGGGGCAAAUCCGUCAGCCAUCCUGGCAACCGAUCUUAACGCUAUCCAUCAACAGCGGCAAGAAUGCCUUGCGACACUCGGGCGACUUGUUGGCCGUGAUGUUUCCAAAAUGUAUGGAUCGGAGCUUGAGCUUGUCAUGACCGACGACUUGCUAUCCAUUGGGAACUUUAGUGUGCCUCGCUUCCCAAGUAGUGCGACCAACACGGGCUUCGCUUUCCACGCGCCGACAACAAGGCUUAAUGCCAUGAGAGUUGUGCGUGCCCUUCAGAUGCGCAAACCCAUCCUGCUUGAGGGAAGCCCUGGCGUCGGAAAGACUUCUCUGGUCGCAGCAUUGUCCCAGGCCUGCGGCCGUCCCCUGACGCGGAUCAACCUGUCUGAUCAGACAGACCUGAUGGAUCUCUUUGGAACGGAUGUGCCCGUCGAAGGGGAGGAAGCAGGCAACUUUGCAUGGAGGGACGCCCCCUUCUUGCAAGCGAUGCAGAAAGGCGACUGGGUUCUCCUUGACGAAAUGAACCUUGCCUCUCAGUCUGUCUUGGAGGGCUUGAACGCCUGUCUCGACCAUCGUGGGGAAGUCUACAUCUCCGAGCUUGACCAGGUUUUCAAGCGCCACCCCGGCUUCCGACUCUUCGCGGCUCAAAACCCUCAUCAUCAAGGUGGAGGUCGCAAGGGACUGCCGGCUUCUUUCGUGAACCGCUUCAUUGUCGUAUAUGCAGACGUCUUCAAGGAUGACGACCUGAAGCUCAUCGCGUCUCAUAACUUCCCCGAUGUCUGCCCCACGACCGCCAGUCUUUUGAUCGAUUUUGUCUCUCAGAUUGAUCGCCUACUCACCAUCGAGAAGUCAUUCGGGUCACAGGGCGGCCCUUGGGAGUUCAAUCUUCGUGACAUCCUUAGGUGGCUGGACUUGCUGAACUCCUCCGAUCCUCUGCUCAGCGCUGCUCGUGUUGACGACUUCCUGGAUAUCAUUGUUCGACAACGCUUCAGAACGCAAAAGGACCGUGAUGAGGUGAACAGGCUAUUCGGCCGUCUUGCCGGGCUGGAACCUCGGGCACACCCGCUCUACCAUGACAUCAACUCGAGAUUUACCCAAGUCGGCUUGGCUCUCCUGCGCAGGAACGCGAAUUGCCAACAUGAGAGACUGCCAAGCAUCGACGUUGUCCCCAGGCUCCCCGAGCUAGAGUCCUUGAUGAUAUGCGUUGAGAAGAACAUCCCCUGCAUAUUGAGCAGCCCGUCUGGCUUUGGUAAAUCCACUCUAUUGACAUACGUUGCCGCGUUGGCCGGAAAGCCCCUUGUGGUAUUUCCCAUGAACGCAGAUGUUGACACAAUGGACCUUGUUGGUGGUUUUGAGCAAGCAGACCCUCUCCGAGAGGUGAACACCACGUUGCGAAACUUGCGUGGCCAGCUCCAAGACUCCGUCAUGUCCAUUGCUCCAGCCCAAGCACCUGCCGAGGCACUGCAUUUGCUGCAUCUGGUCGAUGCCUACUCGGGAGACGGCCACGGCAUCGAUGACAUUCUUUCCGCCAUUGAGCACCUUCAGGCUCUCGUCGCAACCGACUCCGACAUCGGGAUCAUGCUUAGCGAGGCCCGUCGGCUCCUGCAAGGGCCCCUGAUUCUUGCGAACCCGCAAUUCGAGUGGCUCGACGGGGUUAUCGUCAAAGCCAUACAGACGGGCCAAUGGCUUGUGCUUGACAAUGCAAACAUGUGUAAUGCCUCUGUCCUGGACAGACUGAACUCACUUCUCGAGCCAAAUGGGUUCUUGUGCAUCAACGAGCACUGCGACCUGGAAGGCAAGCCAAAGAUGAUCAAACCUCAUCCGGAAUUCCGAGUCUUCCUGACCAUGGAUCCGCGGUACGGUGAGCUGUCGCGGGCGAUGAGAAACCGCGCUGUCGAGAUUCACAUCCAUACUCCACCGCCAAGCACAGAACCUUGCUUCAACAGGAUAUCCGACGUCGAAAGCGGACUUCGAAGGUACAAGUUCGCACAGGACUACUGCCAGAGUCUUUCACCCGAGCACAUCUCCUUGCUGCCGCGUCUGGUGAAAGAGUCUUCGGGUGCAGUCGCGCAGGGCAGGGCCUCGCCUAAACCAAUGAACGACCUCGUCGGAUUCCUGCAGUCGUCAAUCGGGUCAAAGACUUUGCAGGCUGUUAUGGACUUGUAUUCAACUCUCCCAGAAGGCAUACCAGGACUCUCAAAUACCCAGCCAAUCAACACGUUCAAUAACUGCCUUGUCACGCAGCUGGUCCCGACCGCAGGAAAGCCGCAGUGGACUGGGGUCCGCGUCGAGUUUUCGCGUCUGAUGUAUAGCUUGCAGGGCACGAUUGAACGCCAUUGUAGUGAAGCUCGAUCAACCAGGCUAGCAUCCCUGACUCGACUACAACGUUCUUUCAUCCGCGAUCGAGUUGCUGCAGUAUCAAAGGACUCGACCGUCAAACUGUGCGCGUUCCUUUCGCUUGCUCUACGCGCCAUACAGGACUACGUCGUCUUUGAGUUCUCGUCUUUUGAGAUAUGGAAGGAACGCUCUCGUCUCAUCCGGCUCAUCGCGCAUUACAUGGAGCAGACGAUUGGUCUCUCUAGUCGUGAUGCCUUCGAUGAAGCCAGAUUUCAAGCUCACCUGACCCUUGGAAUCCACAUGCUGCAGCAUCCGCCCGCAUCCUUGAACGAUUCCCCUGACCUCGAGCUGAUGACCUUUCUCCUUCGUCAACUGGAAAGCAACUUCAACAGCGGGUUCGAGCUGUCGACCGGCCUCAGCAUGGAAAUAAUGUGGCACGUGUUCCGGCCGGCUCCCUUUCAUGACAAGGCUGUUCUCGAUCAGUCGCUGGAGCUCGAUCUCUUGGCCUCUCGAUUCGACGCCGUUCGCUGGAAAGCAAACGCGUCAAUACUUGACCUCUCCAAAGCUCACAAAACGCUUCAAGAAGCCAUUGGAGAUCAAGAGGCCGAGUUGCAACCUUACCUCGCCAGAGAUUUUGAGCAUCUCCGACAAAUAUCUAUGCUCCAAUAUCCCGCAUUUGAGUACCAGGGCCAUGAACGACGGAGUGAUCUGGCUGUCUUGUCGAGUGUCUCCACCAAAGCGACAAUGAUGCUUACUGCUUCAAACAGCUCAGCAGCAACGCUGCAAUCCGUUGAUUGCUUGGUCCAUCAGGACAUCCACUGCUGGGAUGGAAAGCUGGCCACGUCUGUUUGGCAAAAGCUCCAGGAUCUGGGAGACGUCAGCCUUCGCUCGUUGGCCUUGCUUGAAUGCGAGCUGCCCCUCAUGGGGCGAUGCAUUUCCGAACUGAGCGUCGAAAUCGCCACUGACCCUCUGGACAAACUCAAUAAAAUCCUAUGGCAGCUUCUUUCGCAAGUCUUUGUUGCCCACGAGCCCCAGCUCGACGACUGGGUCGCCAGCGCACACUCGCUGGCGGUGCAACAUAUCGACUCCGUUUCAGCUGCCGCGCGAGUUGGGUUGAGUGGCGGGGACUCCGCGUUCGACGAUUUACUCGACAAGAUUGAUGCGCAACAUCUUCGGCAAAUAUCCAGAGAUCAUCUCAUUCCAGCUGUUGUUGGGAUUGCCGCAGCCGAGAGCAAUGCGGAGCAGAAGGCGCAUUUUUCUGCAUUGGCCUGGAUUCAGUUCAGCGUGGGAGUCGUCAAACUUUACGUCCCAGACCGUGUCUUUGACCCUCAACUUCGCCUGCGUGUGGAACUGGACUUCUUCAGUAGCUUACGGGUGCAGCUGCAAGACAAGAUAUCUGCCCUGAAGACGCUGGAGAACAGGUUCAGCGGACAAGAUACGAGCGUUCGAAUCGAGUUAUUGGAAUACGAGCUUUCGGAGAUUGGCCCUCCCCCCGAACACAAACAGCCUGUUUACAGGCCAGAGGUUUCCGAGCUCGACAGACUGCAUACCGAAUGCUCGAAUGUUCUCAAGAUCGUCGCUGGUUCGAGCAUCUCGUCGCUGCUCCAGCUCCUGGGAUCCCCCGGCUCAGCAGGCGAAGCCAGCGAUGUGCUGAAGCUUAUACGGUUUAACGUCCAGACGCUUGUGGCACGUUUCUCUUCCCAUUUUAAAGCUUACCAGGACAUGACUGGGCCUAUUGCGAACGCGUUGCGAUGCCUCUUGGUGGGACUCUCACUCUGCGAAGCAGCCACGGCUGAAACCCUGCGAGCUUCCACAGAGGACAUUGUGCAGGCAACCCCGUUCUUUGGUAGCAAAACCUGGGACGCUCCUGCCGGAAAGGGCUGCAGAAAAAGUUUCGAGUAUCUCAGCCUUGUGAGCUCCAUGGUUGCGGUCGAAGGAUUGGAUAGCCUUUCGCCCGACACGUGCGAGUACGUUUUUGAAUGCUUCCACAGCUUCUUUGACGACUGGAGCAAGAAACUUGAAGCUGAACGCAAAGCCGAGGCGGAGAGAACCAGCAUGUAUCGAUUCCGUGGCACGUUGGAAGACGAAGAGGAGAUUGAUGAGAAGGAGUUCAAUGAGCUCUUCCCGACCUACGAUGAAGACGAGUCUGCCGCGAAGCGGAACACUUCGUCAGAUCAGGUCCGUAAUAUCUCUCUCAAGGUAGCAGAGGCGCACAAGACGGUUUUCCUCGAAAGAUUGGAUCCAGAAGCUGCGCUCCGCGACACUUGUAUGGCCGUUGGUCAACAGAUCGCCGACGAGACCCGUCAACUCUCGAACAUUGACCGCAGUGUCAAUGGGAAGCUCCUCGCCACUACAACCAUCCUUCUCGGCGAAAAACUCGACGAAAUUCAGUCAGCUUCUGUGGACAAGUCGUACAAUUUCUACACAAAUGCCAAUCUUCCCGAAGCCCGCAAGCUGGUUUCGCUCGCUCAGAAGAUCAAAAUCCGGUUUCGAGAGCUGCAACGCGUGGACGAGAUCGGACACAUGCAACCGCUGGCAGAUGUUGUCCAGUCUUGUGACAAGCUUCUUGACCAAGUCCACGCAGAGCCUCUUGCAAAGCUGAUACCCAAGGUCGAACAACUUCACACUCUCGUUUACGAAUGGCAGUUUGGUGGAUGGGCCAGCAAGAUCUAUGCCGUCUUGCCCCUCCACGAUGCGCUUACCGACACCAUCAUCCGUUGGCGCCGCCUUGAACUGACAACUUGGGCGAACUUGUUCGACAUGGAGGAGCAAAAGUGCCGGGACGAUGCCUAUUCCUGGUGGUUUGUCGCUUACCAGGUUGUGAUUGCCGUUCCUCUGUCCAUUGUUGAAUCGCGGUCCGAGUUGCGCCGCUACGCAACCUCUCUGGUUCAGAGUCUGGAGGUAUACUUUUCAAGCUCCAUUGUCGGCCAGUUCAAGACCCGCGUUGCGCUGCUACGGCAGCUCUUGAGCCACUUGUAUCUGCUGGCCAAGGACCAUCCGACCCUGGAAGUCAUUUGCCACGCCGUCAAGAACUUUAUUGGCUAUUAUGCGCGAUACCAGGGAGCUGCCGACUCUGCCAUACAAACUGGGCGAGCGCCAAUCGAGAGGAAAAUGAAGGAUGUGCUGCUCAUGGCCAGCUGGAAAGACACUAACAUCGACGCUCUUCGCGAGAGCGCCCGCAAGUCGCACCAGAAGCUUUUCAGGCUUGUGCGAAAGUUCCGUGGUGUUUUGGGCAGAGACAUGAAGGCAAUCAUCGAGCAGGGCCUGCCGGACGAGAAACCUGCAUCCGACAAAGUCAACUCGCUUGAAGUUUUGGCAGCCGAUGCGCUUCAAGCUCAUCCGAGGCCGUUGAAUGAGGCUCUACCUGGCUGGCUGGAUAACCACCGACGACUUGCCAACGCAGGCACGACGGUGUCGGUUCUGACAAAGAUCACGCAGAGCCUGGCUAUGACAAGCAACGCCGCCAACACUGUCGACGAAUUUGUUUCGGGUUUGAGUGCGUCCAUGGCCGAGCUCCGGCAGGAGACCCCUUCAAUCCUCAGUGAUGAAACCAAGGAAAAGGUCAAACACCUCAAGACAAGGAAGCGCAAGCUUCUCGCAGAUACUCUACGAGACUUGCGAACCAUGGGGUUGAAGUACAAUCUGGCCCAGGACAAAUUGGCCGAACAAGAGUCACUCGCCGUCGUGCUCGCGUCUGUGGCACCGGUCGAGGCCUCUCACUCGUCAAACUUGGCGGAAGCCGAUUACUUAUUCCACAAGACCCUUGAUCUUGCCCCCAGGGCCAGAGUCACUCCGCGGGAGCACUCUGACGAUUUGACUGGGGCUGAAGUUGGGCGAUGCAUUGGGUUUGUCGAAGGCAUGAUCAGCUUUGCCCUCUCGCAGCGAGGCAAACUUGCUCGCGCAGGCCGCUCAUGCUCUUCUCUGCGAGCCCUGGCGGAAGAAUUCCGACGCCUCGGCGACUUCCAAAGAAUCGGAAAACUGCUUCGCCGCGAGCGUGACGGCAAGUGGUCUCGUCUCUUGCCCUGGCUGGCGCAAAUUCUGUGGUUUGCUGCCAAACUAGCGCAGGUGCACGGCAAGCUGGGACAGACUGAUGUCGGCGCUGUGACUCAAGAACUGCAAACAUGGGCAGCCCGUGUCGAGGCCCACCUGGUCAAAUCGGGUGACCUGGGCAAGCUUCCAGCACAGCUGAAUUCUGAGGCACACGUUCAGCUGGAAGCCGCUGUUGCCAGUGAUCUCAAGGUUUUGCGGGGUGUGCUGGACGAACUCAUUCGCGACAAACCAAACUUCGCGUUCAUCCUCCAACAGGUCUCGGUCUGGACACAGGUCGAAAGCCGAGAUCUGGACAACCCAAAGUCGACUGCGGAAAUAAAGGACUUUGCGGACGCAGCAUCAACCCUGGUUGACACCAUUCUGGUUGCCGUCGAGGGCGCAAAGAAAGCGGCAGCAUCGACUCCCCAAGAGGAAGACGAAGCAGGGUGGCUGAAGAAACAUGACGAGGUGGCCUUUGCGACGAUCCACCAACUUCACAUGGCGAGGGUUGAAAGGAGCCUGCGUCACUGUAUCCAACUAGUGCAGCAAGUCAAUCUCAGCGAACCGGGAGCCAGCGCGGCCGCAAUGGGUGUCGUCGGACUUGCGGCCCCCAUUCUCGACCAGUUCUUGACUCUGUGCUGCCAAUGCGUUGAACAGGGCAUCGAUUUGCACCGUGCCACGCUCAACAUGGCGUACAGCUUGACAAAGGCCUUUACGCAAAUAGCUUCCCAAGGCUUCUGCACUCCUCAAGAAAAGUCAGACGAGAAAUCGGGCGAUGCUGGCCAGCUCGAGUCCGGCACUGGACUUGGCGAGGGCGAGGGUGCUGAGGACAUCAGCAAAGACAUUCAGCCCGAUGAGGACCUUUCAGAGCUGGCACAAGAAGCAAGCAAAGGGGAGAAGGAAGACAUUGAAGACGAGAAGGACGCUGUAGACAUGGCGGACGAGGACCUGGAGGGGGAGAUGGGUAGCGUUGAUGGCGCUGAAGACGAUGAAGAUUCCCAAAGCGGAAAGGAUGAGGAAGAUGAUGAUGGCAUGGACGAAGAGGCGGGCGAUGUCGAUGAUUUGGAUCCCACAGCAGUGGAUGAGAAGAUGUGGGAUGGGGAUGAUGAAAAGGCAGAGAAGGAUCAGCAAGGCAACAAGCCAGCAGGUCAUGAGCAAGACGAUGAGCAGAUGGUCCCGGAAGAAACAGACGGUCAAGAGGAAAAGGAGAAAGAGGCCAAGGAGACCAAGGAGGCCAAAACAGAGGAGCAAGCGGCUGACAAUGAGGAGUCUGAGGGAGAAGAAGGGGCGGCUCAGGAGGAAGUGAACCGACAGGAUCAAAAUGUCGAGGAGAACGACGCUCUGGAGCUCCCCGAAGAGAUGGACUUGGAUUUCAACGAUCAAGCAUCGGCAUCCUCGGACAGCGACGACUUGGACGCCAUGUCCGACACCGAAGAUCAACAGCAGGACAUGGAAGAACAGCCACAAGGCGAGGAAGCGCUUGACGAAGAGAUGAAUGACGACGCAGCGCGCCAGCAGCUCGAGCAAGAGGCCGCAGAGGAGGAUGGUGAAGACAGCGACCCUGAGGAGCGUGCGACUGGGCCCGAUGAGGUGCAGGAGGAAGUAGAGCAAGGGGCGGAGGAGCAGGAGGAGGAGCAGGCAGAGGACCAGCCCGAGAAGGCGCCCGAUGCUCCGGAAGAUCAAGCCAACGCUGAUGUUGAAAACGCAGCCCCGAGUGACGUCAAGAGCUCCGGGCUUGACCAAAACACAGACUCAAUGGAAGCCGACGAGCGAUUCCAGGCCGAGGCGGCGCAGCAGCAGGACGGGAAGAUGGGCGACGGCGCAGCGGACCAAGAGGCCGACGCGGGCAACAAGGGGGUGAUGACGCGAUCACAGGAGCCGCCCGGCAAAACAGAGCAAGAUGACGAUGCCGAGGACGCCGCACGCAACGACCCUUUCCGGAAACUCGGAGACGCCCUCGAAAAGUGGCAUCGCCAGCAGGCGGAUAUCCAAGACGCCGACGCCGACGAGGGCCAAGAGCAAGCCGAGCCGAAGAAUGAAGCGGAGCAAGGGCGUCGCGAGUUCCAGCACCUCCAAAACGACGAGACGGCCGCCGACACCCAAGCCAUGGGCACGGCGGGCGACGAGGAAGUACUUCCCGUCGACGAGUCUAUGGCGAUUGAGGAAGAAGGAGAGGACCCUCAUAGCCGCGUCAUGAAGGAGGAGGGAGAAGAGGACAAGGACGAGCAAGCCGACAAGAUGGACGUCGGGGACGCGGCAGAAGCCAGAGAUGCCGAGACGACGGAGAUGACGGAAGAGGACCGGACAGGAGUCAAGACCAGGCAAGGCAACUACAACCGCGAACCGUCGCCUGCGGAGCUGGACAUGGGCGAGGCCAAGGGGCUGGAAGAGGAAGACGAGGGCAGUGUGGAAGAGACGUCGGCGCAGCUGUCGUCGACGCACAUCUCAGACGAGCAGCGGCCCCUGCGAGACUACGCAGAGUGCAUGCGGCAGUGGAGCGAGUUCCAGAGCAAAUCGCACGGGCUGUCGCUGUCACUGACGUCGCAGCUGCGGCUGAUUCUCACGCCGUCUCAAUCGACGAAGCUGUCGGGGUCGUUCCGGACGGGCAAGCGGCUGAACAUCAAGCGCAUCAUCCCGUACAUUGCGUCGAGCUACAAGAGGGACAAGAUCUGGAUGCGGCGGAGCGUGCCGACGAAGCGGCGAUAUCAGAUCCUCCUCUGCGUCGACGACAGCAAGAGCAUGGGGGAGUCGUCGUCUGGAAGGCUGGCCAUGGAGUCGCUCGUCAUGGUGUCGCGGUCGCUGACGAUGCUCGAGGCGGGCCAGGUGGGCGUGGUCGGGUUCGGGAGCGACGUCUUCACGGCGCACGAGCUGGCGGAGCCGUUUGGAGCCGACGCCGGGGCCAAGGUGCUGCAGAGGUUCAGCUUUUCGCAGGAGCAGACGGACAUUGCGCAGCUCGUGCGGCAGACGAUUGACACGUUCCGGGCGGCCCGGCGACAGCAGUCGGGGUCCGGGUCGGAGCUGUGGCAGCUGGCGCUGAUGCUGUCGGACGGGCUGACGCCGUCGGGGGCGCACGAGACGAUCCGGCGGCUGCUGCGGGAGGCGGCCGAGGAGCGCAUCAUGAUUGUCUUCAUCAUCAUGGACGACAGCGGCAAGAAAAGGGGCGACAGCGUGCUGGAGCUCAAGGAGGCCAAGUUUGCCAAGGGCCCGGACGGCGAGAGCCGCGUGGUGAUUGAGCGGUAUCUGGACACGUUCCCGUUCCAGUACUACCUGAUUGUGCACAACCUCGACGAGCUGCCGAGCGCGCUGGCGAGCCUGCUGCGGACGUGGUUUGCCGAGGUGGCGGCGUGA